ACCUCAAUCAAGUUAAACAAUGAGAAGAAGAAGAAGAAAUAACCUGAAGGUGAUUUCUUCUGUUGUGAUCUGAGCCUGUCCUCUAGUGGUCAAACGUUGUAGUUACACUUCUAUCCCCCGAAGGAGAACUUCACAAAUCCCCAGAAAGCACUUUACAAACAAUUGAACACGUGCUUUAUUAUCAAAGCAAAAUGUACAAUACAAAUCCAUAACCCCACUCAACAUCCAUGCACAUGCAGAGUAAGACAGUGUUAACAGGAACUGAGCGAAUGCUGCAUAUACACAUUCCAUAAUUCAUUUGUAGGUUAUGUUUGCUUUAUUUGGUUUUUGCCUCAUGGUUCAAUUUGACCUGUAUUUGUUGUAACUUAAUCAAUUAUCCAAUCAUCAGGUCUGGUAUUAGCAUCACUGCACUUGGAAUGUCUCAAUUAAACUAAUCCACAGAUUCUUAAUUGGCAGGAUAAAUAAUAAAGCGAGACUGAACCCCAAGAACUAAACUGACACUUUAACAAGAGACAUUCAACAGAAGGGGGGGUUAAGAUAGCGAGAGAGAGAGAGAGAGAGAGAGCAUUUGUGUGGGAUUAGGCCUGGAGCUGACGGUUGGAUGGGAUUACGCAGCGCGUCGUUGCGCGGCGCAAUUCCCUGCGCUGUGCGCUCUGCCAUGGGAUUCUCCACACGGAAUUUCUCCGUCUGUUUGAGCUGAUCAACAUCGAUCGACACCGAUAACACCCGCCUGAGAUCUGCCAUCUGUAUGGAAACAUGGCCGACGUCCCACAGAUCGUCAAAAUUGGGAUUUCAUUGAAGAUGCUCCCCAACAACACCGCGGUGCACUUCAAAUCUGACGGCACCCGCUUCGGCCAGACCCGGACCAUCAAGCUGCUGACCGGCUCCAAGUACAAAAUCGAGGUGGUCGUUAAACCGGGAGCUGUCGAGGCCACGUCGAUGAGUGUGGGCGGGGUGACCUUCCCUCUGGAGCAGCAGUCCAAAGACCCACAGUCGGUGGUCUACACCGGCCAGUACGACACCGAGGGGGUGACACACACCAAGAGUGGAGAGAGGCAACCGGUUCAAAUCAACAUACAGUUCACGGAGGCGGGGAUGUUUGAGACCGUGUGGCAGGUGAAGUACUACAACUACAACAAGAGGGACCACUGCCAGUGGGGAAACAGCUUCAACAGCAUCGAGUACGAAUGCAAACCCAACGACACGCGCACGCUCAUGUGGGUCAACAAGGAGAUGUUUGUCUGACGGAGGAGCAGUGUGUGUGCGCUGCAAAAAACAAAACAGAAACAAGGUGUGUUAUGUCUAAUUGUGAAAUGACAUUUUCUGUUGCUCAAAGGGAUUUUUGCAUUUGUGCUUUAUCGUUCCUGCUGUCAUCCUGCUCCACUUGUUUUAUUUCACCUGUUAAUGUUCGAAAACUGACUCUAAAGCUUAACUGGAAGUUUGGAAAAAUAAAUGCAUCUUUUUCUCCGAACCCAUAAUAUUUGCUGCUGAAUCAGACCCUGGCAGUUCAUAUGUCACGUUUUCAUUCUUUCGUCACUUGUUUAUGGAGAUUUUACAGUUGAUUUAUUGAGGUUAACAUGCAGCACUUCUCAAAAAUGUUCAUUAAAGUUAUUUUAUAUAUUGAAAGACUAAUUGAUUAAAUUAUAUUUUGAGAUAAAUGUGUUUUUUUCAUGAACAGAUCAGUUGUGGUAUCUGGUUGAUCUCCAGUGUACGUGUUAUGUUGUAUGUGUGUGUGUGUGUGUGUGUGUGUGUGUGUGUGUGUGUAUUUAACAACUGGUGCUUGUACAGAUGUGUUUAUUUGUAUUUUUGUACUUUAAAGAUAUGUGUGAAGAGUUUAGUUCCAAAAUGAUUAUGUGACAUUUCCAGAAAUUCAUGCCAGGUCAGUUCUUACUGUUCUUACAACUACUGCUGGUUUUAAGUUUUAAAAUAAUACAUGUUAACAUUUAGCAUCAUCCAAAUCUACUGUCCGUCCCAUGAGUCGUUGAACGGAAACCCCAUGACAUCUGCGGCUCCUGAUGUUAAAAUGUGGGGUGAGUUUUCAGAGGAAGCAGCAGAGCAGAGCAACAUGACCAUCGAACUUUAAAACAAAUAGCUACUAUGACUAAAGAUGAGUGUUAUUGAACAUUAUUCAUUACAGUGAGUCUCUAUCAGCUACUAUGGAGGCGUAAUACUGUGGAUCAGUAUCAUGUUAAAAUUUAAAGUUCUCGUUAAAACAUGACAUUUCUUCCAUAAUGGAGGUACCACUUAAAAUCAACAUGGUGUUGUUUUGUGUUGUUGCUGCCAACUUUAAAACCAUUUUAAGUCCCUAAUUAAAUGAUUGUAGAUGUUGCGAUUGAACUUUGAUCUUUAUUUAAAGAGUGACAAGAUAACACAGUUGCCCACUUCAUAACAACAACAAAGAAAAACAUUGCCCAAUUGUGCCUUGGUCACCUCGAAUUCUCAAUUUUCAAAUUCUUUUAGUGUUUUGGAAUGACACUCUCUGUGUGUCUGUGUGUGUGUGUGUGUGUGUGUGCUAUUUUGUGUGCAGUAUAAUGCAGUAUUGGAAGUUGGAUUUUUGUACUCGGGUGAAGUUGUGCUCCUUUGUACAAUAUGUUUGUUUUCUCUACCUCUUCCAAAGGACCUAGCCAUGAAUAUUUGUGUUUGUUAAAUUGAAAUAUUGACAUAUCUGCAAGAAAAUAUAUAUGGUAAACAUUAAUAUUUUAAAAAAGAAAAUAGUAUUUUUGUGCAGUGAACCAUUUGAAAU